CAGCCCAGAGACGGAGCGCCCCCAGAACCUCACGCCCGUCCCGGACCCACCCAGGGGUGGCAGGCUACCAGGUCAGUAACCCACGUCCGGACAAUCACGCCUCUUUCAUGCUAUUUUUGUCAUCGCUCUCUAUAUUUCUACAUUUCCUUUAUUUCAUUUAUGAAUCCACAGUGAAUGUGGGACCUAACAUUGUACACAGACCUAAGUCAUCUUGUUUGUGGCAGACUUCAUAUACAAAGACAUGCAUAUCUUGGAACAGUAAAUUACACAAAUGCACUCAAAUGAAGAGUUCAUUUCUUUGCCUCUCUGAUAUGAUUCCUAUAGAAAAAACAUAACUGACAACUAACAUACACAGUAUGUUUUUACAAGGUUUCAGCACUGACGUGCAUUCUUCAAUUUAAAUGGCCAUAAUAACCUGAGCUCUUUUAUUGGGAAUGGGAAUGAGUGUUUCAGAGCGAGGUACAGAGCGUCUCCCUGUCAUCAUGGUUACUCACUGUAGCCAUGGUUACUCAUUGUCAACUGCGUGUGCAGUUUGAGAGGAGAAAGCAUAAAAGGCUGUGCUGCUGUUUAGGCCUGGCAUUACUUUGAGCAGCAUGAAUGAUUUUAAGAAUCAAUAGAUUUAUUUGUAUUUUUCUCAGGUUUCUCUUGAUGGUCUAAAUAACUUUGUUAUGAUGAAUUAUUAUUAUUUAAUUUUUUUCAGAUUAGGCCUAAGUGAGAAAAUGAAGGUCAGACAGAUUGUGAGGAAUAUGUGUGAAUCGUUGACUCAGUGUGUGAGAAACAGAUGGCAACCAUGACUUGUAGCAAUGAACGCGUCAGAAGCACUUCACCAAUUCACCGACCUGAGUUUGUAUCUGAUACAGUGGCCAUUUCAUGCCUUGCUUUAACCGGUUAGCAACCACCAGUUUGUCAGAUCCAGACCAAUCAGCAGUGACAGCUAACAGGUGCUGACGUUGGACCUAAAGGAGGAAUGCUCUGCUGUGAUUGGUCGGACAGAGAUGGGAGUGGGACUUCGCCCCAGAUAAACUGCGGCAAACAGAUGCCUAAAUACAGGCUUCCUUUAAAAAAAAUUUCAUUCAGUCGGGAGAUCGGAGGGUACUGAAAAAACAUCUGGAAGUAGAGCCCCGAACACCCAUGGCUAACGACUAACCUGUGUUCAAGAAACCAGUUUGAGAUGAUCUGAGCUUUAUAACAUGGGGCGUUAUCCUGUUGGAAGCAGCCAUCAGAAGAUGGAUACGCUGUGGUCAUAAAGGGACGGACGUGGUCAGCACCAAUUCUCAGGUAGGCUGUGGUGUUUUGAACAAUGCUCAACUAGUAUUGAGGCCAAAGUGUGUCAGAAAAUAUCCCUCACACCAUUACACCACCUCCAUCAAUCUGAAACAUUGACAGAAUACAGCACUGAUUCAUGCUUUCACAUAGCUUACACCUAAUAACUACUGAACGUUGCAGCACAAAUCGAGACUCGCCAGACCGGUCAAUGUUUUUCCAAUCUUCCGCUGUCCAAUUCUGGUGAGCAGGUGUGAGCUGCAACUUCAGUUUCCUGUUAGUACCAGCUAACCACGGCGCUGCACUUAGCUGACAGGAGUGGCACCCGGUGUGGUCUUCUGCUGCUGUAGUCAAUCUCCUUUAAGGUUCAACGUGCUCUUCUUCAUACCUUUGUUGUAACAAGUGAUUAUUUGGAUUGUCUGGAUUGUGCCUUCCUGUCAGCUCGAAACAGCAUGGCCACUCUGCUCUGGCAAGACACUUUAAUCUCUGUGAGCGACAGAGAACUCCUGAACACAGAAUUUUUUUCCCCAUUUUCAGACUAUUCAGUAAACAUUCAGUAAAGCGAAAGUUGUUUGGGAAAUUCUCAAUACAACCUCAGAUAUUCAGACCAGCCCAUAUGGCACCAAGCCACAUUCAAAGUCACGUUUCUUCCCUAUUUUGAUGCCUGAUUUGAAGCUUCAGCAUGUCAGAACUGUUUUAAUGAGUAGAUAAGGAGGUUUGCCUAAUACAGCGGCCAUUUACUGUAAGCAUUUAGCUGAAUCUGCAACUGAAUUAUUGUGAUGCUUGAAUGAAAAAAACAACCUAUUUCAAACACGAGUUAUAACAAAGUAACAAUAAAUCAACUUGGUAAUAAAUGCAAUAACUUAGUGAAACGUCAUAUUAACAUAAGAUCUGCAGAAACAAAUACCUCAGCUGUGUCUCUUUCAGACUCCUCUAAGCGCGACUUCGGCUGACUUCCUUUGACAGAGGCCCCGAGGACGCGCCCACUGCUCUGUAUGGUUACGUACCUGCGCACGGAGAGCUCACACGACGAGAAGCAAAAUAUUCAGUCGCAAAACAUGGCGAGGUUAAGUGAGCAUGGGAUUCGCCUGAGUUCUAUGAGUCCUUCCUUCCUGAACAGCAACUCCACAAGUCAUACCUGGCCUUUCAGCGCUGUGGCAGAAUUAAUAGACAAUGCCUCAGACCCCGGUGUGUCCGCUAAACAGUUCUGGAUAGAUGUUGUUCAUGAAACGGAUCACCUCUGUCUGUCUUUCAUCGAUAAUGGCAGCGGCAUGACCCCCAACAAACUGCACAAGAUGCUCAGCUUUGGUUUUACAGAGAAGGGCUCAGGUAGGGCCAGUCAGCAGGCCAUCGGGGUUUACGGGAACGGCUUUAAGUCGGGCUCCAUGCGCUUGGGGCGUGACGCGCUCAUCUUCACCAAGAACGGCGGCUGUCAGACUGUGGGAAUGCUGUCGCAGACCUACCUGGAAAGCAUUAAAGCCCAGGCUGUCAUCGUCCCCAUUGUCCCGUUCAACCAGCAAACCAAGUUAUUAGUUGUGACCGAGGAUUCACAGGCCAGUCUGACAGCCGUCCUCGACCACUCGAUCGUCAAAUCCCUGGAGCAGAUACAUUCACAUUUUGACUCAAUUCCCUCCAAAAAAGGCACCAAGAUAUUAAUCUGGAACAUCCGCAGAGCCAAAGACGGUAAGAUGGAGCUCGACUUUGAGACUGAUCCGAAUGACAUUCGUUUGCCUGAGAUUCAGAUCGAAGAGUUGAAGAAGGGGCUGAAGAACAGCGGAUCCUUGAGAACUGAGCAGAACAUCCCAGACAUGCAUUACAGUCUCAGGGCCUACCUCAGUAUCCUGUACCUGAAGCCGAGGACGCAGAUCAUACUGAGGGGGAAGAAGAUUCAGGCCAAACUGGUAGCAAAGAGGCUGAUACACAUUGAGCAUGACGUCUACAAACCCCACUUCAGUAAAGACAAAGUGAAGGUGACCUUUGGGCUUAACCCAAAAAACAAGGAUCACUAUGGGAUUAUGAUGUACCACAAGAAUCGUCUCAUUAAGGCGUAUGAGAAAGUGGGCUGCCAGCUAAAGACUUCAGGCCUAAGAGCGGGCAUCGGCGUCAUCGGCGUCAUUGAGUGCAAUUUUCUGAAACCUGCUCAUAACAAGCAAGACUUUGAGUACACCAAAGAGUACAGACUGACCCUCGGAGCUUUGGGCCUAAAACUCAACGACUACUGGAAGGAGGUGACAGAGAAGAAGGCCAGGGAGCGAGAGUUUCAGGCUCUAGACAAAAAUGAGAAGGAGGUCCAGGAGGAUGUCGAUGAGGGUCCCAUGUGGUUACAGUGUGAAGAGUGUCUCAAGUGGCGAAGCAUCCCUGACGGCUUUUACAAAAUUGCUCCUGAGAGCUGGACGUGCAGCCAGAACCCAAAUUCACGUUACAGAAGCUGCUCGUCACCAGAGGAAACAGAAGAACAUGAGGAGCUGUUAACACCGAGCUAUCAGAAAAGCCACAAGAAACUAGAGUACUCCAGAGGCACAAAGCGAAAAUCAUUAGAGGUGUCUCAGUUACAGGAACAAGUGUCUAAACAUCAAAUCGUCUUACGGAGUUCAUCUAAGCCCACCAGAGUGGAAAACGCCGAGACAAACGCAGAUGAACUCACAGAUCUAAAUGACACUUUUGCGAAUGACGACGCGGAGUCACAGUCGGACACGGACACGCAGGAGGAGGCCGCUGCAAAAGACACAGUCACUAAAAAGAAGAAUGAAAUUGCAAAGGGAGCGUCGCCCAAGGAAAAUGAGACAAGUGACCAGAGGCUUCAGGAUGAAGAGAGCAACAAAACGGAAAACGCAGACAUGGAGACAGAAGAGGAGGAGCACUUAGAAACUUUAAGCCCCAAAAAGGAGUCAGAUUCAAUAUUUUACGGUGUUAAAAAGAAGCGUUACCUUUGGAAGCUUCGCCAGUCCGAUUCAGGAGCUACGGAUAAGGAGUUGCAUUCUGGGAAACAAAGUGAUGUAUUCAAGACAUUAUCCCCAGAAAAAACCAAAAAGGAAGCCAGCAGCUGGGUAGAGAACUCGGACACAAACCCGCCGCAAACCCACACCGGCAACACGUGGCAACACUCACCCCCCUCCACACAGACUGUGAUCGUGCCCCCCCUGAGCCGAACAGAAGGGCAGCAGAGCGGGGUGCUGCCCACGGAAGGGGUUAACCGGGAGGCUAAAAUGCAGAGGCUGGUUGGGUUGGAGAAAGAGGCUGAGAAGCUCCGCAGCCUUCUAGGUCUGGAAAUCACAAAGACAACUCAAGGAACGAUGACAAAUGAUGACAGCGAUGAAAAAAGUCCAACGCAGACACUGGCGAAACCGACGGGACGCAAAGAGGUCGGCUGUCAGAUGGACAUGGCUGAGUGCUCUACUUCAUCCUCUGGCCUUACUCAGGCUGGAGAACUUCACGGGUUAAAAGCUGUGAGUGAGUCCAACAUCCAGCCUGAACUGAGCAGAGCCAGGAAGGAAAAGACUGACAGCCAGUCGAGGACAAGAGUCAGUGACACUGAGGCCUGUGAAGACAACAGGUCUGUGCAGGAGAAUCUGCAUGAAAUCCGCAACAACGUGGUAGUGCUUCUCACGGCCCUCCUGCCCCAGCUGGACCUGACCGGCAUCAGCCUGGAGACCAAUGAUGUAGACAACAUCCUGCAGCAGAUCAUAGAGGUCAACUCCCUGAAGCUAUGAUCAGUACUAAGUCCAGCAGAAGUCAAUUAUUAUUCGUUGUGUUACACAUACUUACACAAAGUUUGGAUCAAUUAAACCAUUUCCUACUUCAGCAUACAGUAUGCAUAUGGUAAUAAUUCUCUUUCUGUUGAACUGGAGAGUAAUGUCAUUCCCAUGUUUUUCAUAUUCCUGGUGCUGCAUGUGGAUUACGUGUAUAAUAAUGAAUGUUAUAAAACCUGGUAAUAUUUGUGUUCCGUGUGGUAAUCAGUUUGCAGUGUUAAAAUAAAAGACAUGUAUCGAAUUACUUUACCUCAGUGUUUUUCAAAUUACAGUUCAGGUGUAUAAAAAAUUGACCUGCACUGAUUACUAUGUCAAGCUGCGAGUGCCAAGAGUUCUUGUUAAGCAAGAGGCUGGGAAAAAGAGGCAAGAGAGAUGCUAAAUACUAGUUUGCAAACCGUUUAUAUAAAGAAAACUAAGAGAAAAAAAAGUUUUAACUUAAAUUCUUGUAAUUAACUGUCAGGGUCAAGUCACCAAGUCUGACUACUCGUACUUAUGAAGCUGUCUUGUACAUAUGGCAAACGGUUGUCACAUCAUUUUGAAUACUUGUGCAGUAUAACCUUUAAGAAACGUAAGCAUGUUGGUUAUGAUGUCGGUCAAAAAAUAUGAGUUUUUUGUCUCAGUUCAUCCAUUAAUUUUUUUAACUAUUGCUUUUCAUUGUUCUGCUUCUUUUGUUGUUGUUUUUUAAGUAGCUAUUUAAGUUGCUGUACACACUCGGUUGCUGAUUUCUAAACAGGAUUUGUUAUGUUUGCAUUAAAAUAUUGAAACCGGU